AUGAAGCCGCUCCUGUGGAUUGUUGUGUUUUUGCUGCGGAGUCCGGCGGGGAGCUGCGGGAACGGUGUGGUGUUCACGAAGCACCCGUCCAAUCAGACGGUGUCUCAGGGGAACGAGGUGAGGCUGGGCUGUGCUGUGGAGGGCGUCACGGAGCCCGAGAUUACGUGGAUGAAGGACGGGGAGAAGCUCUACAGCACCGACCAGGUGUUCCUCACUCUGGGAGAACAGCACUGGGAGACCUCGCACAGUGUGAAGUCGGUGCAGCAGCAGGAUGCGGGUCAGUACUGGUGUGAGGUGGAGUUCCAUGGCCUGACGUUCUCCUCUGAGCGGGCCUGGAUCACAGUGGAAGGUGUUCCUCACUUUGUGCAGGAACCUCAGGACGUGGCGACGUUCCCCAAUGCUCCCUUCAACCUCACCUGUGCAGCUGUCGGCCCUCCGGAGCCCGUCGAGGUUCUGUGGUGGCUGGGAGGAGUCCAGGAGGGAGAACCUCAACCGUCGCCAUCCGUCCUCCACGUCUCAGGUGUGAACAUCAGCGUGAAGUUUUACUGCGAAGCGAAGAACGCCAGAGGAAUCUCUGUGUCCAGAACCGGGACGGUCCACAUCAAAGUGUUGCCAGCGGCUCCGGUUAGCCUGCAGGUCCUCAGGAUGGUGGACAACAACGUCACGCUGUCAUGGCAACCAGGGUUCACAGGCCACUCCGAGCUGACCACCUGCAUCGUCCAGGUGUCGAGGCGUUCAUCCCGAAGGUGGGAUCUUCCCCAGCAGGAGGUCCAGGUUCCUCCUCACCUCCACGUUCUGUCAGGUCUGAGGAGUCACUCCAACUACAGCAUAAGAGUUUCCUGUGUGAACGAAGUUGGGGCGUCGCCGUUCUCUCCGUGGCUGCAUUUCCUCACACUUGAGUCAGUUCCCUCGGCGGCCCCCAGGAACCUGACCUUCGACCUGUCGGAGCAGCAGCUGGCUCUGAACUGGGCGAAGCUGCAGGACGACGAGCUGCAGGGGAAGCUGUUGGCCUACAAGGUGCAGUGGACUCUGGGAGGAGAAGCUCAGGAGCCGCUGCUGUUUAAGGAGAACUCUGCUCAGCUCUCAGGAGGAGGACGCUUCUUCAACGCCUCCUUCCAGGUGUCGGCCUGCACCGCGGUGGGCUGUGGACCCUGGAGCCCCCCGGUUCUGGUGCUGCCCGCCUCAGUGCAGCUCCAGGCCCAGCGGAGCCACAUGUGGGUCGGGCUGCUGCUCGGCCUUCUGGUGGCCACCAUCGUCGGCCUGCUGCUGACCGUCGUUGCUCAGCGUCGAGGGAAAGAAACACAGUUCGGUUCGGCCUUCAAGAGUCCGGGUCCUGAGAGUUCAGUUUCCUUCACUGCAGCUCGAUCCUUCAGCAGAAGUGCCGCUGAUCAGGAGAACACCUUGGACAGUUUGGGCAUCAACGAUGAGCUGAAGAACAAACUGCAGGACGUCCUGAUUCCAGAGAGGCUGCUGACGCUGGGACACAUGCUGGGCAAAGGUGAGUUUGGGUCGGUGCGUGAGGCUUUCCUGAAGAGCGAAGACUCGUCCGUCCAGAAGGUGGCGGUCAAAGUGCUGAAAUCUGACAUCACCUCAUCAGGAGACAUCGAACAGUGUCUGAAGGAGGCGGCCUACAUGAAGGACUUCCACCAUCCCAACGUCAUCCAGCUCAUCGGAGUGAGUCUGCACCGGCGUCCGAGCCAGCGGCUGCCGAUCCCGAUGGUGGUUCUGCCGUUCAUGAAGCACGGAGAUCUUCACACCUUUCUGCUGCUGUCCAGGCUGGGAGAUCAGCCAUUUGACCUGUCGCUGCAGACCCUGGUCCAGUUCAUGCUGGACAUCUCUCGGGGGAUGGAGUACCUGAGCAGCAGGAACAUCAUCCACAGAGACCUCGCCGCCCGAAACUGCAUGCUUAACGAGAACAUGACGGUGUGCGUUGCCGACUUCGGUUUGUCCAAGAAGAUCUACAGCGGAGACUAUUACCGCCAGGGUUCCGUCUCCAAGCUGCCCGUCAAGUGGAUUGCUCUGGAGAGUCUGGCUGACAACGUCUAUACAACGCAGAGUGACGUGUGGGCGUUUGGUGUGACGAUGUGGGAGAUCAUGACUCGAGGUCAGACUCCGUAUCCUGGAGUGGAAAACUCUGAGAUCUACGAGUUCCUGAUUAAAGGAGAGCGACUGAAGAAACCUGCAGACUGCAGAGACGACAUAUAUGAGAUCAUGCACAGCUGCUGGAGUCCGGUCCCGAAGUGUCGUCCCAGUUUCCAGCACCUGGUCGGCCAGCUGGAGGCGCUGUGGCUCAGUCUGUCGCCUGCCCCGCCCUCCAAGGAGCCUUUACUGUACGUUAACCUGGAGGGGGAUGAGGGGGAGUUGGGCCGGGGAGGCGGAGCGGUGGGACCCCGGGCUCCGGGGUCGGAGGAGGCGGCGGCUUCAAGCUGGAGCGUCCCCUGGCAGCGGCGGGAGGAGGACGAGGAGAAGGACUGGCUGAUGGUGGGGUCGGGGGCGGCGCUCGCCAUCGGGGGAGACUACAGGUACAUCAUCAGCCCAGGUGGACCCCCCGAGGAGGGGGAGGAGGGGGACGGUGCAGGGGGGAGGAGGAGGGAGUCGAUGGACAUGUUACAGGACGAGGUCAGGGACGACGAGGAUGACGUCGUCAUCAACGUCUGAUCAAUCACAGCGCUCCUCCUGCUCCCCUCACCUCAUUGGACCAGAGUUCAGCCAGCUGAUCACAAAGACGCUCAGUUACGUGGCGGCGCAGCAGCAGGCGAGUGGAGACAAACCGCCGGAACAGACCGACUCCAUCACACAAUCAGGACCAGUUGUCCCAGUUACCGAGCUGCACUGGUCCCACCUGCUGCCUCCUCACUGCCAUCAGCCGAUCGAUUGAUCAGCUGAUCGACCAGCAACUGUCUUGGUAUCUGAUUAUUAAUUUUUCCAGGAAAAAACUCCGAUAUUUUCUGGUUUUAGACGCCAGAAUUUUAAUAUUUUUAAUGUGAUGAAGUAAACUGAAGACUGUUUGUUGCCUCUAACCUCAUUUCAACAGCGACCAAUCACGACAGUAACCUGCAGAUUAAUCAAUACUGGAUUUAUCUCCUGGAGUGAAGCAGUUUGAAGACGUCACUCUGGGUCUUUUGUACAGUUCACGGAAAAUGAUUGAUUAUUCAUGAAAUUGAUCAGCAGAUUGAAGCUUUGUGAUUUGAUACCACCAGGGGGCGUCGUCAUGACGCUGAAACACAGGGUUUUAAUUUCAUUUUUACACUUUCCUGUUUUUGCAUCAACAAAUUAGUUAAAAACAAAGCUGCAAAUUUUUAAUUUUUAAGUUUUGGAUUUCUGAUCGAUCGAUUAAUCGCCCCGGUGACGUCUCCAACCAAGAAAAGCAACAAACUCUCGAUAAGUUUGAAACUUUUUUACUGUUUUCAUUUUUAAUUUGAUUCUUCAAAUGGUUUCCGUUUAGUUUUCUGUUAAUCGGUUGAUCGACUGGUUGUUGCGACCUCGUUGUCAUAUUUACUGUAAAACUUCUGUGUUCUCGGGGUUUGUUUGGUCAUGUGAUUCAAAUGCACAACACCCAUUGGCUGCUUGAAGUUGCUCCGCCCUCUGUUACCUGUGGCCCACGUUUGGGCCGCGAACCUCCAGUUUUGAACCACUGUGACUCUGAGUGUUGUGUGUCUGCUUGACCAGGUGUUUAGUUUCUCACAGGAACAGGUGACGCUCGUGUCUGGGCUGGAAUGGUGACUCACCUGGUCGACAGGUGAACGGCAGCCGGACGCUGCUUACUCAACCUGCUGUAAUAAACUGGUAAUAAAGGUGACUUUGUGGAUUUUUUCUCUGAAAUUGCUCCCUCCUGACUCACCUGUCAGUCGCCGUCGGAACAGGGAGGCCGUUUUUAAAGCAGGACCGUCAGUGGAAGAUGAAAUCCUGACUGUUGGUUCUUAGUUUCUUUCGAUGAAGCUGUUUUUGUUUUGCUGUUUGGGACAUUUUACAGCCAGUUUCUGUUCUGACACUGGAAGACGUGGAGUCUGUCGGAGCUGCACAGUGAACGUUCAGCGUCCACAUACUUUUGGUCACUUGUAUAUUUAAGAACGGUUUUGUGUUUCGCUCUGUGGAAAUGUUUGGGGCUGUUUGGUGUGAAUUCAGGACGAACACAUGAAGCUGUGAGCACUGAAGCAGCAGCUCUGACGGUUUAACUGUGAAUUUGUAGAUUUGAUGUUCGUUAACGCUGUAGCGGUCGACCUGCAACUAAUUUUCACUGGUUAUUUUCCGGAUCGAUCGAUCAGCUGUUUGGUCUCUAAAGUGUCAUAAAAUUAAUAAAAAUGUCGAUCAGA